UGUGUAUUAAUUAAACAGCAAGCCAAAAAUUAAGCCCCACCCAUAUCCAUUCCAAGCUCAAUUGUGAUACCUAAUAUGUUUUUGAGAUGAAUAGGUGAUUAAAUGGCUUAAUAUUAGUGGACUUCAUUAUCUCUAUCAAAAUUUGAUUUUCGUAGAAUUUUUCAACCCGAAUAAUGUCCCCCCCUACUUCAGGGGAUUUUCCUUCGAGUUGGCAGCAUUGCACAUUACCGCUAUUUGAUUGGUUGAAAACCCAACGUAAUGGCGAAAGUUAAGCUUAGUUUAUAAAUCGACCGUAAACGCAUCUUAACGGUAAUUUCAUAUCAAAUGUCAAAACACAAACACACGUAACCUCACUUUCAAAAAAACAACAUUUCUCCUAUUUUGGUUAUUCUUUUAAGUGGAAAAACUAAAAUAAACAGCCAAAAUGAAUCCACUAACGAACAUGAAAAAUGUGAAAAAACUGAGCGAGCAGGAACUUUACACCGGCAACAAAACCUCCUGGCACGAACAGUACCGAAGCAGCGCUUGGAUUUUCAUUGGGGGCUUACCCUACGACUUAACCGAAGGCGACAUUGUGAGCGUUUUCUCCCAGUACGGCGAAAUCGUCAACAUAAACCUCAUCCGCGACAAGGACUCGGGAAAGUCCAAAGGCUUCUGCUUCUUGUGCUACGAGGAUCAAAGAUCGACUGAUUUAGCGGUCGACAAUUUCAAUGGAAUACGAAUUUUGAACAGGAUAAUACGAGUCGACCACGUCACGGACUACAAAAUCCCCAAACAAGGGAAGAAAACCGACGAAGAAACGAAAAAGUUGUACGAAGAAGGGUGCGCCCCGAAAGUCGUCCCUGUGCAAGCACCUAUCAAGGGUCCAGUGAAAAUCAAAAAGGACCCAGACGAUUUUAGGGAGACUCUGGUGGAUCAGAUUAGUUCGGAAAUACAGCUGCCGCCGCGGCUGCCAAUCUACACCAUAAAACAAGAGAAAAUUGACGAGGAGGAGGAACCUGUCCCAAAAGAGAAAAAAGAAAAGAAGCACAAAAAAGACAAGAAAAAGAAAAAGAAGAAGAAGAAAUCCGACGAUAGUAGCGAGUCCGGCAGCGAAAAAUCUAAAAAGAAGAAGAAGAAAAGGAAGAGGGAGAGGAGUGGGUCUGACUCUGACUACUCAGCGGAGGAUAGCGAGUCCGACGAGGACAGGAAGAGGACUAGUCCAGACAGCCGAAAACGAAGAUAAAAUUUUAUUUAUUCACCUAUUCACACAGAUUUUUACGUCUUCGUUAUCAGUAAGGUAAUCUUCUUCUUCAGUUAUUUUUGUUACAUAUUUGUCUACAAUUGAAGGAACGUUGUUUAUUUUUUUAUCUUGUAAAUAAUAUAGAGUGAAAUGUGAA